CCAUUCACAGAAUCACAGGACAGGACCCCGACUGUCUCAAAUCAAAUCAAAUCAAAUCAAAUCAAAUGUGGGCGUCCGCUAUAAGACUCAAACCGCCGAGGCCGAGUCUGAGUCCGAGUCUCAUUCCUCGCUCGCUUCCCCGCACUACUACCACUUCUCCCGCAACUCCUCUGUUGCCUUCUCCUCGAACCCUCAUCUUUCUUUACUGCUCUUCUAGGAAGGUCGCCACGCUGGCCGCCAUGAGCGGAGCCAAGCCUGAUUCCUGCCAGUCCUCCCCCGAUCACGUCUCCGGGGAUUGGUACCCCGUGCCGGAGCUCCGGCUUCGCGACCAUCGCUUCACUGUUCCCCUCGACUACUCUCUUGAUUCACCGACUUGCCCUAAGAUCAUCGUCUUUGCCCGCGAGGUGGUCGGAGUGGGUAAAGAAGAACUUCCACUUCCCUAUCUGUUAUUCUUGCAAGGCGGACCAGGUUUUGAGUGCCCUAGACCAACUGAAGCUAGUGGAUGGAUAGGUAAAGCUUGCGAAGAAUAUCGUGUUAUACUAAUGGAUCAGGCAUGAACAGGUCUGUCAACUCCUUUAACAACAUCAUCUAUGUCUCAGAUGAAGUCUGCCAAGGAUUUAGUUGAUUACCUAAAACAUUUUAGAGCUGACAAUAUAGUAAAUGACGCGGAAUUCAUUCGGAAGCGGCUUGUUCCUGAUGCUGGAACAUGGUCAAUUUUGGGCCAGAGCUAUGGUGGCUUUUGUGCUGUUACUUAUUUGAGUUUUGCACCACAAGGCCUCAAACAAGUACUUCUGACUGGUGGAAUCCCUCCAGUUGGAAGCAAUUGUACAGCAGAUGCUGUGUAUAGAGCAUGCUUUCCGCGGAUUAUUCACCAGAAUGAAAAGUAUUACAAGAGGUUUCCUCAGGAUAUUGAAAUAGUACGUGAAGUUGUAAACCACUUGGCAGAUUCUGAAGGAGGCGGGGUACCUCUUCCAUCUGGUGGCAUCUUAACUCCAAGGGGGCUCCAAACCCUAGGUCUUUCUGGUUUAGGAUCUAGUACUGGUUUUGAGCGCUUGCAUUAUAUGUUUGAGAGGGUCUGGGAUCCUGUAAUAGCUCCAGGAGCAGAAAAGAAAAUCAGUUAUUACUUCUUGAAUGCGUUUGAGAAGUGGUUGAGUUUCGAUACAAAUCCACUCUAUGCCCUUCUACAUGAGGCCAUAUACUGUCAGGGUGCUUCUUCACAAUGGUCUGCUGACAGAAUAAGGGCUGAAAAUGAGAGCAAAUUUGAUGCAAUUAAAGCUGUAAAGGAUGGCCACCCUGUACUUUUCACUGGAGAGAUGAUAUUCCCAUGGAUGUUUGAGGAGAUUAGUGCUUUGCGCCAUUUGAAAGAUGCCGCUCAUUUAUUGGCGGAGGAGGAGGAUUGGCCUCCACUUUAUGACAUCACUUCACUAAACAAUAAUAAGGUACCGGUUGCAGCGGCUGUAUAUUAUGAGGAUAUGUACGUAAACUUCAAGGUGGCCAUGGAUACAGCUUCUCAGAUAGCUGGGAUUAGACUGUGGAUAACCAAUGAAUACAUGCAUUCUGGGCUGAGAGAUGCUGGAGGUCAAGUUUUUGAUCAUUUGAUGGGAAUGCUAAGUGGAAAGAAGCCUUUGUUUUGAUGCCUCUUGCAGUUCCUAUUCAUUUCCUUUCAUGGUUUUUAGUUUUAGUCUUGGUUUUGGUGUUGACCAAUUCGACAAGGGCUCAUUUAUUGGUGAGGGAUUGAUUCCAGUUUAGGCAUUUGAAACAUUAUUCCGGUCUGUGUGAUGCAACCUUUCAAUAACGAGGGAAAUGUGUGACUCUGAUCCGCAAGUCAUGUGAAUUAAUAUGUUUAAUAGCCACUUGGUGAAAAAUAAUUGAGCUGAGUGACACUGACACGUACAAAAAUGAUUUCUUUUUUUAA